AUGUCUGAAUGGGAACCCAGCACAGUGAUUGGCCGUAAGGUUAGAAUUGGCGGUGGUGGUCCUCGCCAGCAGGUGGCAAGAACACAGGGUCAAAUCAACGAGGCUAGAAGGUCUGGUAUGGUUCUGUCCGUCGAUAAGAAGUACGGUACUACUAAUUCUAAGUCCUCCCCAGAAGGCCAACGGUUGACCAAAGUGGACCGUGAAACCGAUAUUGUGAAACCAAAAAAGAUCGACGUCAGCGUUGGUAAAGCUAUUCAGAAGGGUAGACAAGACAAGAACCUAACACAGAAGGACUUGGCUACUAAGAUUAACGAGAAGCCAACUAUCGUCAACGAUUAUGAAUCCGGUAGGGGUAUUCCUAACCAGCAGAUUUUGGGUAAGAUGGAGCGUGCCUUGGGUAUCAAGUUGCGUGGUAAGAACAUUGGUGAGCCUUUGGGCGGUCCAAAGAAAUAG